AGAGCAAAGGCAAAGGGUGGGAGUUGUCAGCAACAUCCUGGAGAGGCUGCAAAGUGGUACACCAUGCAUCCCUCCACACACACACUUAAAUUUUAUAUAUAUAUCCAAACAGUGUGAGAGUGUUACAUACAAACUUCAUUCCAAUUAUUUGAUCACAUUAAUUUAUACAAAAUGAAACGGUGGUGUGGAGCAUCGUUUGGUUUCCUGCUGAUGCUCCUCCUUGUUGUCCUGGCCAUGCAGGAGGGAAUUAGGGGAUGCGAGGGCAGAACAUGCGAGUCCCAAAGCCACAGGUUCCAUGGGCCAUGCAUCAUUCACCACAACUGCGCAGAGGCUUGCCGCAACGAAGGCUUCACUGCCGGCCACUGUGUUGGCUUCCGUCACCGCUGCUUUUGCACUCGAAACUGUUAAUACUUUAAGCUUAAUUGUUAAUUGUUAUAUUUGCAACUGCUUUGUUCUUUCAAUAUCUCUAUGCUUUUCUU